AUGACUUCUGUCUCCAGCUUGGUUCAUAUGCAACUCAUCUCACCAAGUUGAUGGAGGAAAUACAAAAGCACUAUAGGUCUCCUAAAGUGGCUGCUACCUGUUGAUUGGCGUAUUUAUGCACCCCGAAUUGGCAUGCCAUGUGUUGCCUUGUAUACAGGGGAUGACAAAUGGUACAGAGCCAUCAUUGAAGACAUUCCUGGAAAGAAGCAGGUCAAUGUAAGAUAUGUUGACUAUGGCAAUAAAGAAAGGUUGUGGUACAAGCAACUUUAUAAGAUAACAGAAGAUUUCUUGAAGUUGCCAGCCCAGGCUAUUAAGUGCCGUCUACAGGAUAUCAAUCCUAUUGGUAACAAUUGGCCUGAAAAUGCUGCUGACCACAUGGCCACUAUUUGUGAUGGCAAGGAUUUGAAGGCAUUCUUCCACACUUGCGAAAAUGACGAGUGUCUUGUUAGUUUGAUGGUCUGCACACAAGAGCCUGAAGAUAUUGGGGAACAAUUAAUGGAGCUGGGAGUUGCAGAAGCACCAGAAAACUUCAAGAUCCACUAUCAGAAGAAUCAGGCCUUACGUUUCAUGCUCGCGGGUGAAAUGAUGCAGAACCAGAGGCAAGGCAGGUCUAAAAGAACUCUGCAACAGCUCAGACAAAUGCAGGCGCCAGUUUUAAAACCAGGUGCAGUCUGUGCUGGAAAACGGUGUGUUCUAGUGGAAUUCUUGACGACACUGUCAGUCUGUCGCAUCCAAAUACGUCUUGCUUCCCAGGCAGGAAUUUUUAGAGAUUUGCAAAAUCAGUUGGAUGAAGAACUUAAUCAAAUCUCACAGCCAACACAAUUCAAACCAGCUCUUGGAGAAGUGUGUGCCAUCAAAAUGACACAUGCACCCUUCUGUGCUCGAGCCAAGGUUAUAAAGUAUGAUCUUGACAGUAUUCAGGUGUUGAUGGUGGAUUGUGGUGGAAUGGAAUGGGUAAAGUAUUCUCAGGUUUUCCCAUUGCCUGAGAGAUUAGCAAGUUUUAAAAAUCUUGCCCUGAUGGUGAGCUUAGCUGGAAUUGCACCACCAAUGGGAAAAAGUGGAUGGCCUGGUAUCACUUUUGACCGUCUAAAAGAAGAAUUGUCAACACGCAGUAACCUUUACAUGAAACGCAAGGGUCGGUCAGUGCUGGACCCUGAAUUAGGGGUCAAAGUGAUGCCAGUAGAACUGGGCUGGAUGCAGGAGGAAGUUGGAGGCCCUUUUGAACCCAACACUGUCCUUACCUUCUCUAUCAAUGAGCUGUUGAUUGAGUGUGGUGUAGCAUUACCAGCUAAGUCAGUUCAACCAGAUAAUUCAAAUGUAGCUGAAAAGAGCACUCUUGCUGAUUCAACAUGUACCCUCACCUAUGAAAGAGCCCUGAGUUGUGAAGACUUUUGCUUACAGGAAGCUGAGAGUUUGAGUAUCCUUUCAAUGUUAGUUGACCAAGAAAAAAUGCCAUGUGAUACCAAAGAGAACAUGUAUGAAAAGUUAAAAGAGUGGCCUGCAAGCCCUCUACCUGCUUCUACCACUUUUAAUGCCAUCCCUUCAUAUAUUGAUUAUGAGGGCAUCAUCUACCUACAGCCUGUUGCAAAUACACGAAACAUUGAGUUAAUGCGGGAGAGCCAAACAAUGCAGUUUACCGGAACAGUUGCAACAGACGAGGACCUAUGUUGGAGUCCGGGAGACCCAGUUGUUGCCAUGUUCCAUCUGGAUAAAAAGUGGUACAGAGCUACAGUCCUUCAGCGGGAGGAAGAUGGAAAUGUCAAGGUGCAGUUUGUUGACUAUGGCAAUGAAGAAACAGUGGUGUUCAAUCAGUUACGGCAAACCAUCACAUUUAGCCAUAUCCCAAUUCAGUGCCAUAGAGCUGUGUUGCAUGGAAUUGUUCCUAACUCAUUGAGUGGUAAAUGGGAGACAAAACUUCUAGACUUCAUUCAUAGCACCAUAGUUGAGAAAGAGUGUAGAAUACAAGUUAUAGAGAAGCCAAAAGAGGAUGGAUUACUUAAGGUGAACUUAGAAAUAUUGGAUGUUGCCAUAGAUCUUUCUUCCUUGUUAGCAGACAAAAUGAAGGUGUGCAGGCGACUGUCAAAAUUUGAGUCUCAAUUUGAAUAUGAAGAUAGUGUUGAUGUGGUUGUUGAGAGUGAUAUAUCAUUAGACUCAGUGCUGGAUUUAUCUCUGCCAGUGCCAGCUCUCAAACUGCCAAGGGAUCCAAGUGAAAUUUUUCCAAUCAAAGUCACUGCCAUCAAGGAUCCCUCUCAUGUAUAUAUCACACCAGAGUUUCUUGGCACAGGACCAUUAUCCGCAACACAGAAAUUAGCAGAAGAAAGUUUUAAAGCAAACUCAAGUUUUAUUAAUCAAGCUGCAUGUGACAUAAAAACCUACUCAGUUGUAUCAAAUCCUGUGAUAGGUGAGAUGUACCUUGGAAAAUCCCUUAGAGGUGAAUGGUGCAGAGUGCAGGUUAAAAAUAUUGAUCCAACUGGAAUUACUGUCCUUUACAUAGAUAUUGGAAAUGUUGAAAGGAUACCACAAAAUUGGUUGGUUAUGUGUCCAAGUGAAGGAAAGAAAAUCCCAGCAAAUGCCAUCUGUGUAAAUUUGCAUUGUGUGGAGCCACGGGAUGGACCUCAUGCUCCUUGGGAUGAAGAUGCUUUGAAGUGCAUAAGCAGUUGCUUCAUGCAUUCAGCUGACAAAAAAUUCUAUGCUGUAGUUAAGGAAGAAGGAACUCCUCCUGUGGUAGAAAUCUACAGCGUGGAUGAACAUGGAACUCGCACCCUGGCCUAUGCAGAUGCUAUAUCAAAAGGACAUAUUGUUCUUGGGGAACAGGUGAAAGAAUAAUAUUUUUUUUAUAUACAUGUUAUAAAAAGAAUUACAUAAUUUCCAAAACAAAAAAGAAAUUGAAUUUUAUAAUGUCUAAAGUUUAAGUCAAUUUUUGUAAGUUAGCUAUACAAACUAGGACAUAUUUUAUUAUUUUCUUAGAUUUCCCAGCCUUUCUCUCAAGCAGUUGAAAGAAAAUAUUAAUCUUUAGUAUUUUCACUCAUUUGGGAAGCUGUCAUUAUUUGUCUGAACAUUUUAUUUCACCAUUUUUAUGUACAUAUAUUAUCAGAUUCACAUUGUUUUGUUUACAUAUUCCCAGUGAUUUGUAUUAGUUUAUGUAAGUUUUGUUUUUUCUUCUCACAAAUAGAGUUACAUAGAAAAUGUAUGAUGUUACUGAUUACAUAGUGGUGUUUUUCCCAUUGAUUGGUGUCUUUUUAAAAACACAUUUUGACAAGCAAAAUGAGAUGAUUUUUAUUUUAUGAAUUAACAGUUGUAUUGAUUAUUUACUUAUUGCUGAAUAAUUCCAGAAUACAAAAAAUACUAAUUUGUAGAUACGUAAUCAUGUUCGUGUUUAGUUACAUGAAACAAAUAAGUAUAAAAAAGGAAACUUUUUUCCUAUUAACCAUUGUGUUUGGUUACAGUUUGUAAUACAUGACUAGAAUAUUGGUUUCUUUUUCAAUUAGAACAUCUUAAUGAUAUGGUCACUUGUUUAUGUUAACAAGAGGAGACUUUGCUUUCCUCGUAAUUUUGUAGCAUCUCUUGAUAUUAUUUCAUGUCGAGAGGUUAAGCUCUUUACAAGAUCAGCAGUAUAUAGCUUUGUUUAUGUUAUAUAUGAUUGUAAUAACUCCUAAUAUAUCUGAAAGUACUGAAUAAACCCUUUGUGAUUUAUUUUUGGUCGAUUGUAAUAAAAAAAAAGAAUGAACUACAGUUUUAUAUUUACCCAUCUUUAACAAAUCAUUAGUGAUGUAUUUAUUAAUUUAUGGCUUACAAGUUUAUUGCUAUAAAUAUUUGCAGCAAGAAAAGCAUCAGAAUACACAAGAAGAGAACAUAAUUUACAACUUUGUAAUUGUUGAGUGAAUUGGAAGGUUAUAUUUCAAGCAUGAUUAUAUUUAAAUUACUGUUAUGUGAUGCAGAUGAAAUUGCAACACAAUAUAUAUAUAUAAAUUUCAUAAAGUAGUUAAGUGGUUCAUUUUUACAUUUCAAUUUCAUUCAACUCAGUAUAGUGAAUUUACUGGCUUACUAUGAUAUCAGUGACACUUGAACUUUAAUUACUUUAAUUUCAAAAAGAACUCAACUACAGAAAACACCAUUGAAACAGGAAGAUCAUUUAUCUAUGAUGAUAAUGAUAACUUAUAUUUAAUUGGGUUCUGAUGAGUAACUGAACUGGGAGGCAUUGACAAAAAGUGGCCAGAAAAGCUAUUGAAAAGUAACAGCUUCACUAUUAAAAAUAUGUGUUGUAAAAGAAUAAAGUUUGCAAAAUGAGAGUUUUAAUACAAGAAUUUGUUGUGAUUUGACUAUCAUAUAUAGUAGUCACAUGAUUGGUAUGAAGCAGCAAAUAUGAGUUAAAUAACGAAGUGCAGUAUCUUAAGAUCACCAAAUAUCAGUUGAAGUUUAUCCAAGGUCACUGCAAUAGAUCGAUGUUUAUUUGGUAAUUAAAAUAUGAAUACACUUCAUGCCAGGCAAUAUCUUUGACGCUCGUGUCUAUAUAUCAGGAAAUGUGCACCAACCAUUUUCCUCAUUUAAAAUUACAAACAGCUGAUUUACAUGUGCAAGGCUUAUUACCACAUUACCCAACAUUUUUCCUUUCGCUCUUCAUUGACUAAAUAUAAACCAUUCAUAGUGCAACUUUAUUAUUACUCUACCAUAGUGCUAUAUAUGUAAAAACACUUGCACGGUUUAUUCAUACACUGAAAACUUUUGUCAUGAGCCUAUACAUGUUAUUCAUACAGUUUAUGGUAAACGUAAAUUCAACAUCACUUACACUUCUCCCGUGCAAUUACUAAAUAAAGAAAAUAUAUUGUCCAAGUGAGGACUGAACGCCUGCCGCUUUCAGGCAGCACAAUUACGAAGAUUGCGCGGGAGUUCAGGUGUCAUAAAAGGGUUGGGAUAUGCGCUGGGCAUUCCACAUAGAGACAUCAAAAUGGCAUAAUGAAAUAGUACCUAUAUAAGGAGUAAAUCAAAUGCCAGUCUUAUUGUUGAGCUGUUUCCUAAUCCCUCGCUAUUGGUUUAAUGCCGUGAUACUGUAUAUUCACCGGCAUAUUUAUAUUCCUUGUGUGACGUAUGUAUCCCAGACGGUAUGGCAUUAUUCCGAUUACAGUUAGGUAAAUGGAUCGCAUGAAGGUAUGUGUAGGCUGAGGGUAAUUGUGAGUUUUGUCGUAGGGUGUGUAAGUAUCACUGAUGGGUGUACUUGACCGCGUGAUGACAUUUUGUCCGGUCGGAAAGUCAUCUACCACUUGGCUUCCGAUCGAUCAAGGUCGUUGGAAAAUCGUCUUGUUAUGGAAGACAAGUAAUUCUCUCUAAAUCCAUGGCCGGUGUUCCUAGCUUUUUUCAAAAUACGUUUUUCUCUGUCUUAAUGUUUGUGUCUUUGUUUGUACCCGUCUUUCUCUCUCUCUCUCUCUCUCU